GCCCCGUGCGCCGCCGCCCGCCGCCAUCAGCUGCCCGGACUCCUCACUUCUCUCCUCCGCACACCAAAGGCGCCGCCGUCGCCUGACAUGGCCGAGCCCGCUAACCGGAGGAUGGAGGCCAUCCGCCGCCACCUCCUUCUUCCCCCGCCUCCGUCCCUGCCCCUUCGCUCGAAUCCCCUGAGCGGCCACGCGGUGGUGGAGCCGAGCCCGGUGAUCAUCGGCGGUAUGGUGCUGGAUAUCCAUGCCAAGCCCUCCGUGCGGCCCCAUCCCGGCACGACUGUCCCUGGAAUGGUUAAGUAUGUCAGUGGUGGUGUAGCAAGAAAUAUUGCUGAGUGCAUGUCAAAGCUUGGGACACGAUCCUUCAUGAUAAGUGUUGUUGGAAAUGAUAUGGCAGGGGACUUACUUUUAAAUUACUGGAGGUCUGCUGGAUUAUGUACAGAAGGAAUACUGCAGGUUCAUGAUGUUGCCACCCCAGUAGUAUCAAAUGUAUUUGACGGUAGUGGAGAAUUAAUUGCUGGAGUUGCAAGUGUUGGAGCAGUUGAAAAUUUUCUUAUUCCGAGCUGGAUACAUCGGUUCCAUCAUCAUAUCUCUAAUGCACCACUUGUAAUGCUUGAUGCAAACUUACCUCCUGAAUCCCUUGAAGCAGCUUGCACAAUGGCAUAUGAAUCAGGAGUUCCUGUGUUAUUUGAGCCUGUCUCAGUGGUGAAGAGUCGAAGAAUUGCACCAAUUGCAAAAUAUAUAACUUUCACUUCCCCAAAUGAGAUUGAGCUUGUUGCCAUGGCAAAUUCAUUAUCCCCAUCGGUGAAAUAUAAUUUUCAAAAAAUGGAGCAGUGCAAGGACAAAGCAGAGGCUGUUAAAUAUUUGUUUGAAAUGCUUAGCCCAGCAAUGUUUUUUCUUCUUGAGAAGGGGAUCAAGUUGCUUGUUGUGACACUUGGCUCGAAUGGUGUUUUUAUUUGUUGCAAAGAGCACACUAACUUUAUGAAAGAUCAGUGCAAGUGCAAACAAACGCCUUUCUCCAGACAGUUAGUUGAAAAAUUGGAAGGGUGUUUUCCAUCCAACAAUCCUAUUAAUUUGUGCGGAGAAAGCUCUUCAAGAACAUGUGUUUUUCAUUUACCUGCAAUAUCUGCCUCAGUGAUCAGCCUCACAGGUGCUGGUGAUUGCUUGGUUGGUGGUGUCCUUUCAGCUCUAUGUGGAGGCUUGGAUAUCAUCCGGAGUGUUGCAAUUGGGGUCGCUAUAGCCAAGGCAUCUGUGGAAUCUGAAGCCAACAUACCUGAUGACAUUUCUGCUGCAAGUGUUGCAGAUGAUGCAAAAAGGGUUUUGCUGUCUGCAAAGACACUUUGGUGCAAAUGAAGAAUAAAACACCAACGCCAGAACUUUGCUGCAAUUGGAAGACAUUACAUAGUUAUUGUUGAAGCUGUUGAACUCUGAUACUGUCAUAUACAGCACAUGAUGGAUAAGGAUUAAGUUGCUAUCUACGAUGGAUCAUCUGUUGUAAGAAAACGGAGCACAGAUCACAAACCACAUUUUCUUUCGUGCUCUCAUUUAAUUUUUUUUGUAUAUUGUGAGUGAAAAUUUGCUUAACGGAGCAAAUUGUUUGAAAUAUUUGUUAUUCCAAAUGUGUUUUUCAUCGGUUAAUGUUGCAAGAC